AUGGCGAAGCGAAACCUUAGAGAUCGUGAAAUACUUGAAGCGUUGGAAGAAAGUGAUGAUGACUAUGAUUUUUCUUGCGAUGACUUGAUUGAUGAGAACUGGCUACCAUAUGAUUCGGACACUGACUCUGAUAAUAACAAUGAUACUAAUAACAUUGAUAACAUUUAUAACAGCGAUACUGAAGACGACUGGAACAUGGAUGAGGACGAACAAACAGCAUUGUCAAACGUAGUCGAUUCUUCCGGAACAAACAUUUGGACUGAAUUUAGUUCUCGUCAGAAAACUUUUACAUUCACUGGGCGAUCAGGCUUGCAACAGCCUAUUCCAACAGAUAUUUCCUGUAUCGAUGCAUUUCUCCUAUUUGUUGACAACGACAUUAUUGAAGUAAUUGUAUCAGAAACAAAUAAAUAUGCUGAGGAAUAUAACCACCAAAUUGACAUUUCAAACUGGGAUGCAAUUAUUACUUAUUUAUGCUCCACGAAAUUGCCAGAAAGUACUCUAUCGCUUUGGGAACAAACGAUAGAGAACAAAUCUGAAAUUUCAAAGUGGACAGAUAUGGACAAAUUCCUUUCCAACAGGUUUCAGACACUUGAAACAGUGUCAGGCUUAAAAGGGAUUAAAGCCUACAAAGCGCCCAAGGCGCAAAGCUUACAGCACCAUACGGAAACUACACCAAGAAGGAUGGGUAACUUUCAGGUAAGUGUCGCCAAACAUAUGUGCAAAUUAUGUGUCACUGACGACCACAAAUUGCAAAGUUGCCCGAAGUUCCGGAAAUUAAAGGUCACCGAUCGCAUCGCGUGCGUCAAGAGCAACAACUGUUGCUUGAACUGCCUGUCGUCAGGACAUACGGUGUCUAGAUGUACGAGCUCAUAUAACUGCAGCACAUGUCACUCAAGACACAAUACGCUCCUGCACAUUACAGCAGUUCAACCAAAGGCAACAGCUCUUAAGGAAAGCAGAGAUCCCGCUGAUGACCUGCCCUCAACAUCCAAGGAGGCCCUAAAACGACUUGACUCUAAUAGGCCAAAGGAUAGCACAACACAUAAUUUUAAAUCGUGCUAUUCCAAUACGGACAAGGGGGUUCUACUAGGAACAGCCAUGGUUAAUAUAUUCCAUAAUAAUGUUAAUUUUGCAGCACGAGCUCUGAUAGAUUCUGGUUCUGAGUGUUCGUUCAUCACUGAACGCCUCAAACGUAGAAUCAACCUGCCAUCUAAACGCUUGAAUGCCCAAGUUUCGGGCAUCAACAAUUCGAUAUCUGCGCAGGUAAGACAAGCGUGCUCAUUACAACUGCGGUCGCCUAUCGACCCUUUUGUAAAAAUAAAUACAAUUGCGCUAGUUUUGCCGCAAUUAACUGGAAAUCUGCCGACUUGCCUAGUAAGCGCAAUGACAAGGCAAGCAUUUCCAGAUCUCACUUUGGCGGAUAAGAGGUUCUUCGUCAAUGAACCAGUGGACCUGGUCCUUGGUGGAGACAUUUAUCCCCAAAUUAUUUUAAGCGGUUUGAAGAAAAAUGUACUAAGUACACUUCUUGCCCAAGAGACCGUAUUCGGGUGGAUACUAACUGGUCGAGCCGAAACGGUCAACCCACCCAAAACAAAAAUAAUUUCUCUUUUUAGCGAAGUCACCCUGGACAAGCAACUAGCUGCCUUUUGGGAAUUAGAAGACAUCCCAAAAAAAGAAAGACAGACUGAAGAUGACGUGUAUUGCGAGGAAUUAUAUCGGACCACUACGCAGCGCAACCAAGAUGGAAAGUAUGUCGUCACCUUACCCUUCAAACGGGAUUUUCCAUCAACCAUCAAGCUGGGACCAUCACUCAAGAGCGCCUGCUCUCAAUUCUUCCGGAAUGAGACGCGUCUCGCGAAAAAUCCGUCCCUGCAAAAAGAAUAUAAUAGAGUGGUGGCAGAAUAUGAAACGCUAGGUCAUAUGGAGAAAAUCACAACCAACAUACCUGCAGAUGCAACUGACCACUACUUCCUACCUCAUCACGCCGUCAUGAAGGAUGAGAGCACCUCCACCAAAGUGCGCGUGGUAUUUAACGCCUCAUGCCCGACUGCCAAUGGAUUGAGCCUCAACGACGUCCUUCAUCCAGGUCCGGUAUUGCAAGCAGAUAUGACUGUCCUGAUCCUCCGCUGGCGAUUAUACAAGUAUGUCUUCAACAGCGAUAUUGAGAAGAUGUACCGUCAGAUAAUGGUAAGCAAUACACAUACCAAAUAUCAGCGAAUAGUUUUUCGCACUUGCCCGAAAGACCCAAUCAGUCUAUACGAAUUAAAGACUGUUACUUUCGGCAUAAAUUGUGCUCCUUAUCUUGCGAUAAGGACAUUACUUCAAUUAGCUGAUGAUGUUGAAAAUUCCUUUCCAACAGCAUCAAACAUACUUCGGAAAUGCAUGUAUGUUGACGACGUUCUUGCCGGUGGCCAUAGCAUCGACUCUGCAAUAACAGCCAGAGACGAAAUUACGCAAGUUUUGCAGUCCGCUGGAUUUCCAUUGCGAAAAUGGACUUCCAACUGCAACGAUAUUCUAAAGGGCAUCCCAAAAGCCCAUUUACUCAAUGAAGAUUUUUUAGAUUUCGAAGACACUAGUUCGGUAAAGGCACUUGGCAUAAGAUGGAAUGCUCAUUGCGACCAUUUUUAUUUUAUGACAAAGCCAAUAAAAAACCACGAUGUUCUUACGAAAAGAGAAAUCCUCUCGGCAAUCGCCAAACUUUUUGAUCCACUAGGGUGGCUCGCCCCAAUAAUAAUUACCGCCAAGAUUAUUAUGCAAAACAUUUGGUUAGAAGGUACUGAUUGGGACGACACCGUAUCUGCGGUCACAUUAGACCGCUGGCAGACAUUUAUGCAGAACUAUGGGGAAAUUGACAAUAUCCGCAUACCUCGUUGGGUGCACUAUUCACCAGCAGACGACGCCGAGAUCCAUGGGUUCUGCGACGCUUCGGAAAAGGCAUAUGCGGCUGCUGUCUACUUGCGUGUGAAGAAACGGGAUCAAGUAUACCUCAACCUACUCCUCGCGAAAACCAGAGUGGCACCUGUUAAGACGAUAUCCCUUCCACGUUUGGAAUUAUGUGGUGCCGUCCUAUUAGCGGAUAUCAUAGAAACGGUUACGGAAAAUCUCAACCUAGCACACCUGGAUGUUCAUCUGUGGACAGAUUCGACAAUCGUCCUCGCAUGGAUUCGAAAACCGCCCUGCUCGUGGUCAACCUUUGUGGCACAUCGGGUAACCAAAAUAGUGGAAAAGGUAGGCAACAAUAACUGGCGUCAUGUUGACUCGGCAUCAAAUCCAGCAGAUUUAGCAAGCAGAGGACUUCCGGCCAAGGAACUGGUUCAUAAUUCUUUGUGGUGGCAGGGUCCUUCUUACCUACAAGAAGACAAAUCACGAUGGCCGACAUCAGAAUGUGAUUAUCAAACAACGAUGGAAGAGAAAAAGGUAAAGAACCCACCCUAA